CUCACCGGAGGAAGGACAAAUAAUGUUCACAAUAUCACCAUCCGUCUAUUGAUAAACAGAUACUAAUAUCCGGUAAUGAAUGGGGGAGUGGGGAGAGUGGGAAUCCGCCUCACGCGCAACGACUCCGUUGUUUUCUACCGGAGAUUUACGGAGGAGGAAUCACCGAGGGUUUGAUAUUAACCCGACCGUAGCCGACCUAUUAUCUGCCGGUCAGACAUUAUUCUUAUCGCCGGCGGUCUGAGGGCAAGCAAAGACUCAAGGGUGUGUCGACAGGAAGUCUGUGUGUGACCUGUUGUCGUGAGCAAUCAUGUUCCGCAACAGCCUGAAGAUGCUGCUGGGAGGCAAAAGCCGCAAGAGCAACAACAGUGGUGGCAGUGGCAUUGAGUCAGAGGGGUCAGAGGUCAGGAUGAUGGAGGGAUUCACUCGUUCGCUUCCCUCCUCUCCCCUCCUCAACCUUCGGCUGGCCAAAAGAGCUGGUGAGGAAGAGGAGUUAGGACCUCCACCCUCAGUAGACGAGGCUGCUGAUGCUCUGAUGACCAGGCUGGGCUUCCUGCUGGGGGACAAGAUAAUCGGUGGAGACCCAGGGUCCCCUUACCACGCCCAGGAUGAUGGACAGAGGAUCUCUCCAUCCUCCAGUCUGGCCAGUGGCAGCACGUCCCCCUGUUCCACACUGCAGCCUCCUGUUGGAGGAGAGGGCAGCAGCACCAAGCAUGCCUCCUCCAACCACGCCUCUGUCACCUCCCCCACCUCAACACUGGAAAGCAGAGACAGCGGCAUCAUAGCCACAUUGACCAGCUAUUCUGCAGAGUCGGCAGCAGAGCAGGACAGCAGCGCCAAAUAUCCUGGCAAUGGUUAUCAUGGGAGCAGCCACAACCUCUGGCAGCAGGGGGGGCGGCCGGUGAUGGCCUCCUCCUCCUCUUCCUGUAUGGCAGCAACAGGAAACGCGAAUGACGGCUUUCUUUACAGGGUGGAUGACAACAUGGCCGCCUCCACUUACAGCCUCAACAAACUCCACCCGGACCGAGGCCCCGGCGCUGCCCGCUCUUCUGGCUCCACCCACUCCAUACCCCUCUACCUCAUGCCCCGCCCUAAUUCAGUUGCUGCAACUAGUUCUGCCCACCUUGAGGACCUAGCCUAUCUGGAUGAGCAGCAGAGACACAUCCCUUCAAGGACGUCUCUCAGAAUGCCCAGACAGAAUUCUGGGAGUCGUAAUCAGCCGGACCACAGAGUUCGUUUCACUCCCUCUCUCAACCUGAAGCCCCUGCACUUUGAGGUUCCCGGCCUCUCGUCUGAUUGGCUGUUCACCGGCAGGGAGUGGCUCUUUCAGGAAGUGGAUGCCUGUCUCUGCAGGGAUGACCCGUCAACCAGUCGGGGCGUGGUGAUCAUCGGCAACAUGGGCUUUGGCAAAACGGCCAUCAUCGCCCGUCUGGUGGCGCUCAGCUGUCAUGGAAACCGAAUGUGGCCAACCGCUGCCGGGAGCCAGACCAUUCCUAAGCAUGUAGCACCUGUUUCUUUCUCCAACGAUUCCCUGGGAAGAGGAGGAGGAAGAGGAGAUGACGGAGGAGGAGGAGGAGGAGGAGGAAGCUGCCCAGGAACCCCAGAGAUGAGGAGGAGGCAGGAGGAGGUGCUGAGGAAGCUUGCAGCACAGGUAGUCUCAUAUCACUUCUGUCAGGCAGAUAACUGUCACACCUGUCUGGUUCCCGAGUUUGUCCACAACAUGGCCGCGAUGUUAAGUGAGGCCCCUCAGCUGCUGGCCUAUCGGGAGCUGCUGCACCGGUCGCCACAGCUACAGAGCACGCUCAGUCUGCGCUCCUGCAUCCAGGAUCCGAGCUCCGCCCUCCAGAGAGGAAUACUGGAACCACUGGAUGCUCUCUACAGAGAGAGGAAGUUGCAUGUGGAAAGGGCGGGGCUUAUUAUACUGAUUGACGGGUUAAACGAGGCAGAAUUCCACCGACCGGACUACGGUGACACACUGACUUCCUUCCUGUCCCAAAACAUCCAAAAAUUUCCUUCCUGGUUGAAGGUCAUUACCACUGUCAGGACCAGUCAGCAGGACACCACCCGCUCUCUCCCUUUUCACCGCAUCUCUCUAGACAAGAUGGAGGAGAACAGUGCCAUAGACCAGGACCUGCAGGGUUACCUGAUGCAGCGUAUCCACAGCAGUGCUGAGAUCCAGAGCAACGUGUCGCUGAGCAAUGGUCGCCUUGACAACGCGGCGCUCGCCAAAUUGAUCAGCCACCUGAAGAGUCUGAGCAAAGGCUCAUACCUCUACCUGAAACUGACCCUGGACCUGAUAGAGGGAGGAUACCUGGUCCUAAAGAGCUCCAGCUUCAAGGUGGUUCCUGUGAGUCUAGCAGAGGUCUACUUGCUGCAGCUCAACAUGCGCUUUCCCACCCAGUCGUCUUUUCAGAGAGUUCUGCCGCUGCUCAACAUUACUGUGGCAUCACUGCACCCACUGACCGACCAGCAGCUGUUUGAGGUGGUGAACGCGUGCGCUCUGACCGGAGGAACGCUGCAGUGGGCCGAGUUCGUGCAGCGGCUGGAGCAGCUCUCGUCUUUUCUGCUGAGGCGGAGCGACGGCAGCUGGAUGCUGAACCACGCCUCCUUCAGGGAGUGGCUGGUUUGGAGGGAGGAGGGGCAGGACGACAGGUUCCUCUGUGACCCCAGGAGUGGGCACACUCUCCUGGCCUUCUGGCUCUGCAGACAGGACGGGAAGUUAAAUCGACAGCAGACGCUGGAGCUGGGACAUCACAUCUUGAAGGCUCACAUCUACAAGGGUCUGAGUAAGAAGCUUGGGGUUUCCUCCUCAGUUCUGCAGGGGCUGUGGCUAUCCUACAGCACGGGGAACCUGAGCCCUGCUCUCUCAUGUCUACGCAACCUCUACACCCCCAACAUCAAGGUGAGCAGGUUGCUGAUAAUGGGCGGGGCCGAUGUGAAUUACCGCAGUGAUGUUCUGAACAACGCCCCCCUGCUGUGUGUCCACGCCCACCUGGGCCACAAUGACGCCGUGGCACUGCUGCUCGAUCACGGAGCUCAGGUGGACGCUCAGUCGCAGGACGGUUUGACUGCACUGGGAUUCGCUGCUGCGGCUGGACACCUGGACAUCGUCAUCAUGCUGAGUCAGCACAGAGCUAAGGUGGGCCACGUGGACAGCUCAGGUCAGUGUGUGCUGGUGCACGCGGCUCAGCGAGGCCACCUCAAGGUGCUGCACUACCUGCUGAAGCAAGCAGACUGGAGCUGCACUUCCUGUUGUAGCCAGAGGGUGGUGAGCAAGAGCCAGGCAGUGCAGCAGGCUCUGAUUGCAGCAGCCAGCAUGGGCCACACAGAGAUAGUGUCAUACCUACUGGACCUUCCAGAGGAAGAUGAGAAAGAGGAGCAGAGACCUCAGAUCAACACAUUUGAUUGUGCCUGGGGAGAGACAGCUCUAACAGCAGCAGCAGGAAGUGGCCGCCUGUCUGUGUGCAGGCUGUUGUUGGACCAGGGAGCUGCUGUUGAGCAAGGCAACAGGCGGGGUGUGGCUCCACUCUUCAGUGCUGUGAGACGGGGCCACUGGCAGGUGGUGGAGCUGUUACUGAGUCACGGGGUGGAGGUGAACACGGUCGACCAGCAGGGUCGAACGGCUCUGAUGACGGCAGCGUCAGAGGGACAUAUGCCCACCGCCCAGCUGCUGCUGGAUCAUGGAGCCUCUCUGGACCAGACCGACAGGGAGGGGUUGACGGCGCUGAGCUGGGCGUGUCUGAAAGGCCAGCUUCCACUGGUCAAAGAGCUGGUGGAGAGAGGAGCAGCCACAACUCAUGCUGACCGCAGUGGACGGACGCCCCUGGAUCUGGCUGCUUUUCGGGGCGACCCAGAAGUGGUGCAAUACCUGGUGGAACACGGUGCGUCGGUGGAGCAUGUGGAUUGCAGCGGGAUGCGUCCUCUGGACCGAGCGGUCGGCUGCAGAAACACUUCAGCGGUCAUCGCUCUGCUCAAAAAGGGAGCCAAGAUAGGACCAGCGACCUGGGCCAUGGCAACCUCUAAACCAGACAUCUUAAUGGUUCUGCUCAGUAAAUUGAUCCAAGAGGGAGACAAACUAUACAAGCAAGGUAAAGUGAGGGAAGCUGCUCACUCGUAUCAGUCAGCGCUCCAGAAGUUUCCAGGAGACGAGCUGAAGACAUUCAGACAGCUGAGAGUGUGUGUGCUGCUCAACCUGUCACGCUGCCGCCGCAAGAUGAAUGAUUUCAGCCUUGCUGAGGAGUUUGCUACCAAAGCACUGGAAUUAAAAGUGAAAUCCUACGAGGCCUUUUAUGCCAGAGCCCGGGCCAAACGCAGCCGCAGACAGUUCCACGCAGCCUUGGAGGACCUGAUUGAGGCCAGCCGCCUGUGUCCAUCCAACCGGGAGAUCCAGCGUUUGCUGUCCCGGGUCAGGGAAGAGUGUCGGCAGGUUGCCCGACAACAGGACUCUCCCCCUCCUUCAUCACACCCUGCUUAUCUACAGAAUGUGUCCAUCAACGAGGCCAAGAGCAGAGAUUCAGGAUGUGUGCAGACGCAGGACAGGGAGGGGCUUACUGAGGAAGAGGAGGAGGAAGAGAGGGAAGAGGAGAGGUGUUACAGGGAAGGAGAUCCUCCUCCUCACUCCUCCUCCUUCCACUCUCCACCUGUGGUUCAAAGCCUUGACACCCACUGCCACCCUGGGGUGCCAUCACCUUCCUCCCUCUCCCCCACUCACCUGUAUCAUCACCUCUCCAGUCCCAUCCACUCCCCCUCUUCCUCUUCACCCUCUCACACGGCUCCUCCUCCUCCUUCCUCCUCUUAUCACCACUUCAGCCCUCCUCCCUCCCCAAUGCAGCAUCAGCAGCAAGCCAUCACAAUGUCGGAAAGUGUCCCUGCAAUGUCAGGGACUGGAGGUCUGCACCACUAUCCCCAGUCCAUCUCAGCCCUCCUCCACUCAGACCAGAAACAGGGUGUGCAGCAGCAUCACUAUCUGUCUGACCAGAGAUCCUUCCAGAAGCAGAACCCUGUCCAGGGCCAGUGGCUCCAACCAGCCAAAGUCCAGGUUAUCAGAACCAGUCAGCCCAGUUCCCAGUCCCACUCCAGUCUGGUUUUGGGGGGUUCUGCUUACUCGCAGUUUGCCAGUCUGCCCCAAGAACUGGCCGAACUGGGGGAAGGAAUUUGCCCCAGUCCCCCCGAUGACAGGCCUAGUCUGCAGGUCCAGGCUGGCCUGAAUUCUGGAGCUUCAUAUCCACUAGAUGAUGUGGACGUUGACUUGGCUCGCCAUUCGAGACCUGCAUCUUCCUAUGGGAGAGGAGCAGGAGGGGAGUGGGCAGGGAAAAACCGAUUUGCCCAGGGCCGUCAGUUCAGCCGCAACCAAUCCAAAGCAGCGUACUACCCCAUGGAAGUUACAGAGGCUACGACUGGACCCCCUGAUAGCCUUCCAUCAGUGCAUGAUUAUCAGUACCUCCACCAGGGCGGGCUACGACGCCCAGUUAGCGCCCACCCGACCUCGUCCUCGUCCUCUUCCCCCAGGCCUCUCGUCCAGAAUGCCAGCGUCCGCUUCUCCUCCAGCAGCGGCAGCCUCUCUGGCGGGCAGCCAGCCAAUCAUGGCUCAGGCUUCAGGACCUCAGCCUCCACCCAGCACAUGGAUUUACCUUCAGAUCUGGUCUCUAUGGGAGGGGUUGCCGGUUACCAUGAUGACCUCUCUCUGAUGUCCUCUCCCCAGUCAGAGAUGUUCAUGUUAGGAGGCGGGACUUAUCCUGGAGAGGUGGGCCGGUCGUCUAGGAGCACUCCUUUCAUGGGCGUCAUUGAUAAGACAGUGAGGGUGCACCAGCAGUAUCAGCAACAAGCUCCUUCUAGUUCCUCAUCCUGUCUCAGCCCCUCUCGCUCCUGGGCUGUGUCCUCAGUGGACACGGUGGUCACCUCGCCUAGCAAAACCCCCACCAACCAAGGAGGCUUCAGUCAACCGCAGCCCUCCUCCAUUGCCUACCACAACCGUAGCAACAACAAUGCCCACAACGGCCACCUCCUGCACGACAACCAGCUCGACUACUAUGAGGUGGUGGCAGGCGGUGGUCCUCGGGAUGAAGGCUCGGUGCAGGUUGCCAGUCACAAUCCCUCUUACCUGGACGUGAAGGUGGCCCGAACACUGCCAGUGAUUCAUAGCUGCUCAGACAGACCCGCAGAGAGGAAGUCAGGACCUAUGUCUCCUGUCAAACCAAAAAGACCCUUUGUCGAGUCCAACGUGUAGAGAAAAUGUUAAGUCAGACACAAAGGAGGAGGAUUAAUGAAGUGAAGGUCAGCGUACCUGUAUAUUCGAAGAUUCACUGAGGCUAUGGAAUUAUUAAGGUCCGACUAUGCUUGAAACGCACUUAGUUGUUUUACGUGUCGUUCGUACGACGUGUAGUUUGUACGACAUUCAGAGGGGAUGCAAUAAUAUUUGUUGGUUGUAUACACUCUGUUAUACUUCUGAAAAGUGAUUGAUGUAGUUUGUGUUCUUUGUUUGACGCACAAAGAGACGGAGGAAAAGCCAGUUUGGUGUUUUCACCCGGUCAGUCGCUGCGUGAAGAAGAGCACGCUUGUCGAAAUGACAAGCGCUUCGUGUGAAGCACAGGGACUCCUUUACUGUGCAAAAGUACAAUAUGGAAAACAUCAGGUUUGUCUGUGAAGCAGCCAGAGAUGAAGAAAAGAAGCGAGGACGAAGGCGAGGAGGGAAAAAUUAAAGUUGUGAAGAUCUUGAUCUUUAGUUCUGAAACAAGUGACGGCUCCUGGCAUCACAAAGCACAACGAGGAGGAAGAGGAGGAGGAUGAGGAGGAGGAAGAUUGGGGAAAUAAAAUAAAGAAACACAAAAAAAGACAUGUCACUGAAAAAUCCGCCCCCCUCCUUCCCUGGUCAUCUCUGUCUUACAGUACAUGUCCAAACUGAUGUCUCUGGAUACCCAUGUUACACUGCUCCAGACAUGGUGACAUCCAGCCAGAAGGAGAGAGAGAGGGACACACACAGAAGCACCACUAUUACCUUUAUGUGCUGUCGACGCCUUUAAUGAAGAUUUUCAUUUCCAGUUUGAAGCAUUUAAAUGAUACAGUGACUGGAAACCUGGAUCCAUCCAGGCUCUGCGUGCGCGUGCCAGGCAGAUGCUGGUCAGUGAGCCAGUCCUAAGCCAUAGUUAGUUUGAGAAACUAGGAUGAUGCUUUCAUUGAAUGAGCACUGACUUGCUGUUUAUAAAACAAAAGUAAGUGAUAUUUAUCUUUUUUAAGUUAUGUCUGUGUUAAAGUGUCUAAAUGUCGUUUCCUUUAAAACUCCGUGUCCCUUCGAUCUCUGCCUUUUGAUCUUUUUGACGGUUUUUUCACUCAGAGCAUAGAAAGUGAAACCUUCUUUUCAAGGAGACAAAAAAAAAAAAAAAAAAAAAAACCAAGAGCAGCAUUUCAUCUUCAUGAACCAGUUCAGCUGUGCUCAGUUCCAGUUCCUGCUCGUGGAUGACGGAAUCACUCUACAAUCAACAGCCUGGAAAAAUGCCUUCUAAGAUUUUUGGAUGUUUUUACUUAAGGUAGAUAUUUUUAUUUUUGUUGUUUGUUUUUUUUUUCUAUGAAGGCCUUUUGUAUUCUGUAGUCCUGUCGGUCUUAAUUUAUGCAAACCACAUGUUUGAUGAACCAUUUAUACUCAUUGCCAUGGAUACUUAGUGCUUACAUACAUGUCCCAUGAGCUGGCAGUUGGCGCCUCCUAUUGUCAGUAGUUCAGUUAAAAUAAAUAAAUAAAUUUAAAAAAAGCCAUUUGGCUGUUCACUAAACCCCUCCCCUAAACAGUGAUUGUCCAAUCACAGCUUAGCAACGGUAACGAGGCACAGCCUGUCCAGGUCUGCAAAUCUCUGUCAUGUUAGAGUGGUGUGUAAUGGAGCUGUAGGAAAAUUUAUCCUUUGCAUUGAAAAGUUUUGAUGUCUAAGUUUAAGAAAAGAAAAACACAAAAUAAAAUUUAAAAAAUGGAUUAUGUGCAUCUUAUUAAAAAAGAAACACGUGCAUCAUAAGAAGUGAACAUCCAACAACAGACAGCUCAAAUUUAUUUAUGAUGACUGAUGAUGGGUUUUUUUUUUAUUGAUAAUGUUUUCAUCGUUUGUCUCAGAUCUGUAGCACAGUAUCACGGAUGCAGCCAUCAGGUGGAUUUUAAGUCAAGAUUCUUUAAAACAGUUUUCUGUGUUAAAUCAAGGACCCAUUGUUUCAAAAAUUCAAAUUGAAUAUCUGCUGUGAGAAAACCUGACAGGGGGAGGGAGUUAACUAAUAAUCUAACCGUCAAUCCCAGGUCAGUUUUCCACAGAGUGACUGGAAAACAGACGGUUUUUAGUCCCAGAAAAUGGGACUAAAGUUUUAAGUUUUUAAAAAUGUAUUUUCUGCACACCAAUGCCUGUUUUUGUACGUUUCAUCUAAUGUUUCUAAUGAAUCAGCAACUUGUUGUCAGAGUUGCUGGUGCUGAUGUAACCUGUGACCUCUGACCUCUCUGUCAGUCUCACUGACCACUGCCCUCUUUUCUUACUGCUCAGGAGUCUCCAGCUGUGAGAAGAUGUGGUAAAUGCUUAAAUCGCUCUGCUUCACGUGACAUUUUCACACUCUGACUGCUGGACAUUGUUUAGAAUAACGAAGUACAUCGUCAGCAAGUCGAUCGGAUGUUCAAAAUUAUAUCGUCAGUGUUGCUUUAAAUCCUCGAUAUUAAACAUUUAAAAUGUGGUUUUAUUCCGCUCAUGUGAAAUUAUUGACUGCUGAGAAUUAAAUCUGAAUG